GAUAAUAUUAUCUGUGGCUUAACAAGACUCGGCUCUGCAGUGAACAAAAAACGUGGCGUAUUGGUCUCUGCCUGCAUGACAUUCAAAUCUUUAUAAGACGACCAAGGUUUUCCAGAGCCCCUAACGAAUUUGGCAGGGCAAACCUGAUCUCAGAGUCCUUGGUGAUGUUUGUUUGUUCCACAACUGGCGAAGGUGAUCCGCCAGACAACAUGAAGAACUUCUGGCGGUUCCUAUUCCGGAAGUCUCUGCCCCUGGGUUCCCUGUGCCGCCUUGACUGUGCUGUGCUGGGUUUGGGAGACUCAUCCUACUCCAAGUUUAACUUUGUUGCGAAAAAGCUCCAUAAGCGCCUACUGCAGCUGGGGGCCAGCAUUCUGCUGCCCGUGGGACUGGCAGACGACCAGCACGACCUCGGUCCCGAUGGAGUGAUUGACCCCUGGCUCACUGCAUUCUGGGAAAAAGCCUUGUCCUUGUAUCCUCCCCCUGCAGGACUGAAGGCGCUCAGUGACACAGAGUUACUCCCUCCUAGGUACACUUUCAACUUUCUGGAUAAUGCCACAGAGAAGCCAGCUAAUUGGUCCCAGAACAUGACACUUGUGACCAAUCGUUCACAACCCUGCCCCUUCAUGGCGCAAAUGAUGUCCAAUCAGAGGGUGACACAUCCCACGCACUUCCAGGACGUGCGACUCAUCGAGUUUGAUAUUACGGGGUCAAAUAUAGAGUUUGAUGCCGGAGACGUGCUGAUGAUGCGUCCCCAGAACUGCCCCGAGGAUGUGCAGCAGCUGUGCGAGCUGCUAAAGUUAGACCCGGAGCGGCAGUUCAUCCUGACGCCAACAGAUGGCGCCGCAGCCCCCGGGCCUGCCCGCCUGCCCCAGCCCUGCACAGUCAGGUACUUGCUGGAGCGUUUCCUGGAUGUGGCCAGCGUGCCACGCCGCUCCUUCUUUGAGGUGCUGGCCUGCUUUGCCACCAAUGAGCUGGAGAAAGAGAAGCUUGUGGAGUUCUGCUCUGCAAAGGGUCAAGAGGAGCUACACAGCUACUGUAGCAGGCCCCGGCGCACAGCCUUGGAGGUGCUGGCCGACUUUCCACACACCAUGGCCACCAUCCAAGUUGACUAUCUGCUGGACCUCUUUCCAGAAAUCCAGCCUCGCUCCUUCUCGAUCGCCUCCUCACUGCUGGCCCGUCCACACCGGAUCCAGAUCCUUCUAGCUGUGGUGCAGUACAGGACUCGCUUGCACAAACCGCGCAAGGGCCUGUGCUCGUCAUGGCUGGCCUCGCUGGACCCCACGCAGGGGACGGUGUCAGUCCCUCUCUGGGUGAAAAAAGGGGGGCUGAAGUUCCCUACUGAUCCGAACACCCCCGUGAUCAUGGUAGGGCCUGGGACUGGAGUGGCACCCUUCAGGUCUGCUGUACAGGAGAGAGUCGCCCAGCACAAAACGGGAAAUGUGCUUUUCUUCGGCUGUCGCUCCGAGUGCAAGGAUUUCUACUUUCGCUCGGAGUGGGAGGAGCUGGAAGGGGCCAGUCAGCUUACCCUCUUUACGGCUUUCUCUCGGGACCAGGAAGACAAGGUGUACGUGCAGCAUCGCGUGACGCAGCAGGCCGCCCUGCUGUGGGACCUCAUUGUGAAUAAGGAUGCAUAUUUCUACAUAGCUGGCAAUGCCAAGGAUAUGCCCACAGCUGUGUGCGAUGCCCUGAAGGGGCUCUUCCAGAGUGAAGGUGGCGUGUCCGCCUCCCAGGCCGAGGAGAUGCUGGGCGCCAUGGAGAAGGCGGGCCGAUUCCAGAGGGAGACAUGGUCCUGAUCCAGCUCAGCUCAAGGACGGGGUGCGGCUCAUGUGACCAUGUGACCCUGCGACCAGCCUAUGUGCCAAGGAGCCCAUUAUGAAUAAGGCUGCUGUUUGGUCAGACAGUACUUUAAAGCUUUAAUGGCGUUUUUAGCUUUGGGCUAACUGGAUGAAAACAGGCCUUAGCAUUUGUCUGCUGGGACCAUUUGGACUGAUGUUAUUACUACAGUCACUACUUAAGAAAAGAUGACAACAAGGCUGCAAACUCAUUCCCCCUUGGUUAUUUUCAGGGGCUAUUUACAAAUCAUUUACCAACUGAUGCUAGAUAAAAACACUCCCACGCCCAGCUUUGCUGCUUUCCGGAAUGGUCACAGCAGAUUGUAUCGACGGUGGUCAGUCAUUACAGCACAUUUUAGGCUCCUUAUAAAGGAUGUACAGGGACAGACUUCUCCUGCGCCUCCUUAAAAGGGACAGUGGUAAAAAAUAAACAGCCUCAGCGGAAAUGGGGGCUGCUUGUGUACAAAUAAAUAAAAUCACAUUCGAUUUUCA